AUGGCAAGGGGAAAACAUUCUACUUCUACUGCUACCACAAAUGAAACUGGUACUACAACAGUUGAAGUAAAUAAAGAAGAGGAUGAUAAUAAAGUCCAUGGAGGAGACAAAACCAGAGUGCUUCAAAUACUGCGUUUUGGGCUCCCAGCCGGAAAACUGGCUGUUGUACAGAACAUUAAGCCCGGUGCAAAGCUUUUUCUCUUUGAUGUUAACCUGAAGCUUCUUUAUGGUGUAUACAAAGCUACUUCUAGAGGAGGAUUGGGCCUGGAGCCAGCUGCUUUUGGAGGAAGAUUUCCUGCUCAGGUGAGGUUCAGUAUUCUCAAGGAAAGCUUACCUUUACCAGAGAGUGGUUUCAGACACGCCAUUGAAGAAAACUAUCAUGGUUGGGUAAAGAAGCUUUUUGCUUUGUUUCGUCUCCUUGGUGGGUCACCAGUGCCUGUUCUUGGGGCUCCACCACUACAUAUUCCCCCAGUUAAUAUCUAUCAGAACCAACAACCACCCAGGUUGCCACCACCAAAGGAUCCAUCUGCUUCAAUGCCUCAUCACCGUGGUCAUCAUACUCCACCUCCUGUGUCUGGGCAUAUUAUGUCCAUUGAUCAAAUAACUAAUACUAAUCCUUCCUUUAGCGCGGGAGCUCACAGCACACACUCUCGUGAGAAUCCUUGCACCAGAGUUGCGUCAAAUGUGGCAAGUCAGGAAGCAUAUGUUGGCGAAGUUGUGUAUAAUCUUCAAUUACUUCUAGCGAAGAGGAAGAGAGCAGGAAAGAGGACUUGUUCAACACAAAUUAGUCUAUGAUGCAUCAUCUCAUGCCCUUCCUCCAACAUAUCAUACUUCUGACACAUUAGUGUAUGAUGCAUCAGCUCAUGCUGUUCCUCCACCAUUAUCAUAUGAUGCAUCAUCUGAAGCUUUUGUUCCUGCCGCACCGCAUAAUGUUGCACCAUCAUAUGCUGCUACUCCAGUAUCAUAUGAUCAAUCAUCUCAAGUUUCUGUUCCUGAAGCAUCAGGAUUUGGUCCCGCUUAUUGGGCAGCAGUAGCUCAUGGGAGUUCUAACCAGGUUUAUGAUGCAUCAUCUCAAGCUUAUGUUCCUGCUGUUCCACAUGGUAUUGCACCAUGCUAUGCUCCUCCUCCCGCAGUAUCAUAUGAUCCAUCAUCUCAAGUUUAUGUUCCUGGGGGAUCAGCACUCGGUCCAGCUUAUUGGGCACCAGUAGCUCGUGAGGAUCCUAACCAGGUGCAGGUCCAGCAUAAUGAAUUUGGCUGCUAUAGUGUGGCUGCUCCACUAACUUGAGUAUGACACGAGACUGGCUUUCAGGGAAUACUAAAUAUAGGCAUUUUGAUUGGGAAAUUGACUUAAUACCGCAAUAGCAGUUUGUACAGUCCAUGGCUUGAUAUUUUACAACCAGCGUCGACUGUAUGCAGCAAGUGUUUGGAGUGGUCUUUUCGGAAGAGGCUUUUUGGCUCUUGUAUAAACGGCCCUCUUAGAAUUUUUGCUUAUUGUCAAAGCUUAAUCACGCUGUUUGGUAUACCGCACUUGAAUCUCAUUGUUGCAUAGACAAUCAAAUUUGCUGGUAGGGGACGACAGAAUUUUGUAGUUUACUGAUUGUUGACGUUUCAAUUGAAUAACAUGUAAUUUUGUCCAAAUUAAUCUCUU